UCCCCCGCUAUCAUUAAAAAUAAAACGCAAAUAUUUUGGGGUAGUUGAAGGCGCCGCUAUACUUAAAAAAUUAAACCGCAAAUAAUUUUGGGGCAGUGAAAUAAACCCGCGAAUAUAUCAAUUUCUCUCAAAAGCCCUCUUUUCUCAAAAGCCCUCUUUCCUUUCUUCAAUAAUCCGUCCCUCACCGACCCGACCUCUCUCUGGUGAUUCCAAUCUCCGAUGACUGCAGCAGUCAGCAACGACAACACCUAGUCACAUAAUUUUAGCUGAAAAAUUUGAGAUAAGUCAAAGAGAAAACGUGAAGAUAACAUUAUAAAGACAGUUCAGUCGAUACAUACUUCAGAAAAUGCAUCCAUAUCACAAGCAAACAAGUCAAAGCAACCAUUAAAAUCACUUCUUCAAUUGAAACCUUAAGUGACACGUUUUGUUUCAACCACAUUGCACCUGAAUCGAUUAGUUCACACUAUAACACAAAUGAAUCCAAAAGUUCUGGAAUCAACUUUCUUAGUUCAUCCUGUAACACAGCCUCCAGUACAACCUUCAUCAUAAUUGACUUUAUCAAUUCAUCCUCCAGUACAUCAAACACCAUAAAAGCCUCCAGUAAGUUAAGCACCAUAAAAGCCUCCAGUACAUCAACUUUUCUUAGUUCAGCCCAUAGCACAACAGGUACAAUCACAAGCUUCCUCAUCAGUUCAACCUACAACACAUCAGGAACUAUCAGAAUUGAGUUCAUCAGUGUAGCCUCCAGCACGUCAGGCACAAUUAUUUCAGCCCGUAGCAUAAUAGGUACCAUCACGGGCUGCUUCAUUAGUUAAACCUGCAGCACAUCAAGUGCCAUUAUAACUGACUUCAUUAUUUUAGACCAUAACACAGAAGGCACCAUCACAGCCAACUCCUUUAGUUCAACCCGCAGCACAACAAACACCAUCACAGCCAACUUCUCCAGUUCAACAAGCAGCACGACAAACACAAUCACAACCAACUCCUUCAAUUCAACAAGCAGUACAACAAACACCAUCACAACAGGCUCCAUCAUUUCAGGCCAUAGCACAAGCACUACCCAAAUAGUAUACUGGUCAUAAGUUAAGUAGAUAUUGGAUGGUAGAUGCAGUAGGUAAGAUGGUACACUUCAUCUAAUUUGUUUGCAUCUUAUUUAUUUUUAACUAGCUAAGCUUCUUUAAUUUUCUUGCAUCAAAUUUCUUUAAUUCGAGUAUAAACAUGUUAUGUUUGUUAUUUUCAUAUUAUUUUUCAUCCACUAAAUAUGCUCUGUAGCAUAAAUAUAUCUUUUUUUAUAAAAAUUCACAUGGGGCUGUGAAAACAAAACAACUGAAGGUUAGCAACAUGUUAAAUUUAUCCUCUGAAGAAUGUAUCAUCAUUGAAUUUGAUGACGUUGCACCAAUUGGAGAAGCACAAUGCCUUCUUGCAGGUUUUUGAAGGAUUUUAGCAACUGACAGCACUAUUUUUCCAAUUGGCUUUGCCAAAUGGAAUGAUUUACCUAAGUCAUACUUUAACCGCUGCUUUGGUCAAAUUAUAAAGAUGGUUGAGACUGGACAUAAGCCUGGACUAGCAGAACUUUAUCUUGCUACUCAUAAGAAAGAAGAUGGAUCAUAUGUUAAUGAAGUGGCAAAAGAGAUUUUUAAAAAAAUUAAACUCACAGUAAGUCAAAGCACCGUGGACGAGUAUGAAGUUUCUCCCAAUGAUGUUGUUGGUAAGGUACUAGGAAAAGAGCAUUCUGGAAGGGUAAGGUGCUUGGGAUUAGGAGUUGUUCCUAGCAGAUCCUUUAAGCAAACACGUCCUUAUUUUGGUGGUAUGAGUUCUUCAAUUAGUAACAGUUCAUGUCCAUUCAAUUGCCAAGAAAACUACACUCAAAUGUUGAGCGCUCAUAAGCAAAGCCAAGAGAACUACAAAGAAAUAAUGAAUUCUCACAAUCUAAUGAUGAACACUUUCAAGGCAUAUAUGAUAAUGAAAGAAGGCACGAUACCUGAACAGUUUGCAGAAUUUUUCACUUAUCUUACGCCAAGUAAUGCAUCUAGUGGAGCUCUUUCGGAUGUGAACGGAAGAUCAUUUGGUGAUAGUUAUUCUAGCGAUAAUCAUUGAAAUUUCUUGUGAUUGUAUCAGUAAUUAUGACAAUGUUAUCGAAUCGUUGGAUUAAUAUUUUGUGUUUAUAUUAAAUUAGUCUUUAAGACUAAUGACAACACU